AUGGCUGAGGAACGCACUCUUAAGGAGUAUUCGAUCCCUUCUUCGGAUGAGCCAUGCACUAUUAUAGUCUACCCAACAAUUCAAGGUAGCAACUUCAAAAUAAAACCUGCACUACUUAUUCUGGUGCAACAAAACCAGUUCUCUGGAUCACCUUCCGAGGACCCAAAUUUACAUAUCUCAACCUUUUGGAGACUUAGUGUAACUUGCAAGGACGACCAAGAAACCGUCAGGCUACAUCUCUUCCCUUUUUCUCUAAAAGAUAAAGCCAGCAAUUGGUUCAACUCUUUGAAACCUGGUUCCAUUACCUCAUGGGACCAACUGAGGCGAGAGUUCCUUUGCCGUUUCUUUCCCCCAUCCAAAACUGCCCAACUUAGGGGAAAGCUUUACCAAUUUACUCAAAAGAACGGGGAAUCUCUUUUCGAUGUGUGGGAACGUUUUAAAGAAAUACUUAGACGUUGUCCCCAUCACGGUCUAGAAAAAUGGUUAAUCAUCCACACCUUUUAUAAUGGUCUAACAUCUAGCACUAAAUUGACUAUUGAUGCAGCUGCAGGUGGUGCCCUAAUGAACAAAGACUUCACAACAGCUUAUGCGUUAAUUGAGAACAUGGCUCUAAACCUCUUCCAAUGGACAGAAGAAAAAGCAACCAUCGAUCCUUCACCCUCUAAAAAAGAGGCAGGUAUGGAUGAAACCUCUUCCAUUGACUAUUUAUCUACCAAGGGGAAUGCAUUAUCUCAAAGACUUGAUCGCAUGAGCACACCUACCUUCUCACCUCCUUGUGAAGCAUGUGGCCUAUCUAGUCAUUCUAACACCGAUUGCAACCUAAGUAGUGUUGAGCAGUUAAAUUUUGUUCAGAAUGGCCAAAGACUCCAAGAGCUCAAGGAUCAAACUAGACUUUUGAACAACUCUCUUGCUACUCUCACAACAAAGAUAGACUCCAUCUCCUCUCACAACAAAAUUUCUGAAACUCAGCUCUCCCAGGUAGUUCGUAAAGUUGACCACCCCAAUAAAAUGAAUGCUGUUACACUUAGGAGUGGUAAGCCACUCGAAGACCCCAUAAGGAGAACCGAGACCAAUGACAGUGAGAAAGAAAUCCGCGAACCACCAUCUAGGGAAACCAGGGCAGAAAGAGAGGAACCACGAGUUGAGGAAAACACGCCACCUCCCUUUAAGCCAAAAAUCCCCUUCCCACAAAGGUUUGCCAAAUCAAAGCUCGAUGAGCAAUUCAAAAAGUUCAUAGAGAUGAUGAACAAGAUAUAUAUUGAUGUGCCAUUUACCGAGGUCCUAACCCAAAUGCCCACAUAUGCUAAAUUUUUGAAAGAAAUCCUCUAUAAAAAAAGAAAGAUUGAGGAAAGGUCGGAAGUUGUGAAGAAAGCUAUGUGUGAUCUAGGAGCCAGUGUCAGCCUAAUGCCCUUAUCACUUUAUGAGAGGUUGGGAAUAGGGGAACUUAAAUCAACAAGGAUGACCCUACAACUAGCAGACCGUUCUGUUAAGUAUCCAGCUGGAAUCAUAGAAGAUGUCCCCGUUAAGGUAGGAGAGGUAUAUAUCCCCGCUGAUUUUGUUGUGAUGGAAAUGGAAGAAGACAAUCAGGUACCAAUUCUUUUGGGAAGACCUUUCCUUGCCACUGCAGGAGCUAUCAUUGAUGUAAAAAAGGGUAAGCUUGCCUUCAAUGUAGGUAAGGAAACUGUUGAAUUUGAACUUGCUAAACUAAUGAAAGGUCCCUCCAUUAAGGACUCUUGUUGCAUGAUAGACAUAAUCGACCAUUGCGUGAAAGAAUGCUCUUUAGCAUCAACUACACAUGAUGGUUUGGAAGUAUGCUUGGUUAACAAUGCAGGUACAAAACUGGAAGGGGAGGCAAAAGCUUAUGAAGAACUGUUAGAUAGAACUCCUCCAAUGAAAGGUCUAAGUGUGGAGGAGUUAGUAAAAGAAGAACCAACACUUCUACCCAAGGAGGCACCGAAAGUAGAACUCAAAACACUUCCAUCAAAUCUAAGGUAUGAAUUCUUGGGCCCUAACUCCACUUAUCCUGUUAUUGUAAAUGCAAGUCUCGAUGAAGUAGAAACUGAAAAAUUGCUUUAUGUCCUCAAGAAAUAUCCUAAAGCCAUAGGUUACACCAUUGAUGACAUUUAAGGAAUAAAUCCUUCAUUAUGCAUGCAUAGGAUACUUCUUGAAGAAGACUAUAAAUCCUCCAUUGAACACCAAAGAAGACUAAAUCCCAAUAUGAAAGAAGUUGUGAAAAAGGAAGUCUUAAAACUCCUAGAUGCAGGUGUUAUUUAUCCAAUUUCUGACUCCAAAUGGGUUAGCCCCGUGCAAGUUGUACCAAAGAAGGGUGGUCUCACAGUUAUUAAAAA